AAAUUUGAUACACACUCCCACACAUAACUUGAAGGAAGUAAAGUCAUAACAUCAAAAUAGCAACUAAACAAUCAAGUUUUUGUAAUAUUUUGCUUUAAAUAGAAGAUACUAGAAUUUAUUUUUUGUGAAGGCAUGUCUGUCCCUCAAACAUUACAUCUACCAUCAACAUCUGUUCCUGCAGGCAAGACUUGUGACCUCAAUAUGCCUUGCCCUAAACACAAGAGGGAGCUGAUCAAGUUCUACUGCCAUGAUCAUAGUGCACUUGUCUGCAGCGUCUGCGUCACCCUUGAACACACAGUUAACAUGUGUAAAGUGAACUACAUACCAGACAUUUCUGGCAAGAUCAUUGACAGCAAAGAAUACCACGACAUCCUGAAAGCCAUGGAUACCAUUUCUAACAAAUAUCACAAAAUGUCUGCAGAUGUCAAAAAAAUGACAGUAAAAUCCAAUGGGUCUGUGACAAAUGUAUUGGCAGGUAUCAAGAAAUUCCGGAAGGAAAUAAACCAGAGACUAGAUGAACUGGAAAGACAAGCUGAAGAUGCAGCAAAGGCAAUCCAACAAGAGAAUGACAAGAAUUUGAAGACAUUAGAAACAGCAAGUGAUGACAUUACCAAAUCUCUGGAGACAUCAGCAGACUCCAUCAAACAUCUCAACACACUGAAACAAGCAGACAGACUCUUCAUGGAACUGAAAUAUGCAGAGCAAAUGAUCAAAGAGUAUAAGAAAACUCUUCACCAGCUAUCAGCAUACAAUGUUAAAGAGUACAGCUUUGAACCAAAUGAAGUUAUAUCAAGUCUUCUUGAAGCUGACAGUUCACUGGGUGACUUAUCACACAAAACAUUGAAACUAACGAGUCUCACUCCAGCUGUCAAACCCAGGCAAACUUUAUAUCCGGAUGAAAUCUGUAUUAAAACAUCAAAAGAUAACAGUAGUUGCUGGAUAACAGGAAUGACUCUCCUUACUCCUGAUCUUCUUAUCAUCACCGACCAUAAUAACAGCGCAGUAAAAAUGGUGGAGAUCUGCAAUCAAUCUGUAACUGAUCAAUUAAAACUAGAUGGUCAGCCAUAUGAUGUAACUGCAGUUACUGGUACUGAACUUGCUGUCACACUGCAUGAGGAACAGACAAUUCAGUUUGUAUCCACCACUUCAAACAAGCUCGUAAAGAAACACACUAUGAACGUCGAUGGAAAAUGUUACGGCAUAAGUUCUCAGUCGGGAAAACUUGUUGUAUCAUUUAUGUUUCCUGUCAUGCUCCAAAUUCUUGAUACCAAUGGCACGAUACUUACAACAAUCAGAGGAGAAAAUAUUUUCAGGAAUCCAACAUACGUAACAACCAACAGCAGUUCUAUCUAUGUAUCUGACUGGAGAAUGAAAACAGUGACCAGGUUAAACUGGCAGGGUGAUGUGAUUGGCAGCUACGGUGGUAUUGGUCAGUCGAGGGGAAUAACUCUGUCAGAUGAUGGAACUGUGUUUGUGUGUGAUUCUGAGAGGAAAGCUGUGGUAGAGGUAACAGCUGACUGUUCUAAGGGAAAGGUUGUGCUGAAGGAUCUGAAGUGGCAUCGGGCUGUAUGUCUGUGCACCGAGACAUGUAGGCUGUACAUCAGCUCUGAUACUGGUUUUCACAAAGAUAACAAUUCAGUUCAAAUGUUCAACCUGUCAAAAACUUGUAAUUAGAACAACUGUCAUAUACAGCUUAACCAACACAUACUGUAUACAUAACUUACAAUUAUUUUUGCAGCAGAGGACAAAAUAUGUCCUGAAAACUGCAUCAAAGUGAGGAGCAUCCAUAAUCCCAAGUGCUGUAUCUUAAUGUAUAAUUUCUAUAAAUGAGUCUCUUUUGGGAAAAAUAGCAAAAACGGAUUUACUGGGAAUACAUGUACAUUAAAUUUGGACAAAAUA